CCGGCCCGUUCAGUUCUGGCUGCCAAGACUCGCUUCACCCCCUGGAGGGGUACUCCACGGCACCCCAGGUGCCUCCCUUGCCUCUACCUUGGACCCUGGCUAAAACCUGGAGGGGGCUUGACGAGCAGGGGAGAGAAUCAUUUGCUGUUCUUCCUCUCUCUGAUACAGAAGAUGUCUGCAGACAGUAAAAGCAUCCUGGCUGCUGAGAGCAAGGAGAAAACCCAUGAGGAUCCAGGUCAUGAGCAGUGCUGUGGAGACAUGCUCUCUGGGCAGGGGGAGACAGCCGUGGCCGCCUCUCAGGAGUCAACACAUAUUAAGGCAGAGCCAGAAGAACCACACCCUGAGGGGGUAUCACUGGAGGACAGAGCUCCAGAAACACAGGGCUGGAUGCCCCGGAGUCCUGGCUCUAAGGAGAAAGCCCUGUUUCUGCCUGGCGGAGCUCUUCCCUCACCCUGGAUUCCCGUACUUUCCCGAGGGGGAAGGACCAGAGGACGACGAGUGGCCACGGCCCUCCUCACUGCCUGGUCCCAGAUGCCGGUGACCUUUGAGGAUGUGGCUCUGUACCUCUCCCGGGAGGAGUGGGGAAGGCUGGACCACACACAGCAAAAUUUCUACAGGGAUGUACUACAGGAGAAAAAUGGGCUAGCCUUGGGGUUUCCGUUCAGCAGACCUUUCUGGGUCCCCCAAGUUCAGGGGAAGGACGAGGUGGCAAGUUCCAGCAGACCACCAGGUGCUGAGGAGAGAAGAGGCCUUGGUUCAGGAAUUGUGGAAAUGGGCAAGGUGGUACCAACCCUAGCCAUGGCAGCCCUAGAGGAUACGAAGCCCUCAAGGACCAGGGCCGGGUGCGCUCCGGGGGAAGAGCCACAGUGUGGUCAGCAAGUGGCUAGUGGCCCGGGUGCGAAGAUGGCCAGAGACUCUGGGGAAGCCAGGCAGCCAAAGCCCUCCCCACCCGACACACAGCCUCUCGAGAACCCAGAGAACAGCGGCCCAGGGAAACCCAGCGAGGAGGAGAAGGGCGCCCUGGAAAGUGGCGAGGAAGGUCUUGUUGGGGACGGUGAACCGGGCAGGAAGACAUACAAGUGCGAACAGUGUGGCAAGGGCUUCAGCUGGCACUCGCACCUGGUGACACACCGGCGCACUCACACGGGUGAGAAGCCCUAUACGUGCACGGACUGCGGCAAGCGCUUCGGCCGCAGCUCACACCUCAUCCAGCACCAGAUCAUCCACACGGGCGAGAAGCCCUACACCUGCCCCGCGUGUUGGAAGAGCUUCAGCCACCACUCCACGCUGAUCCAGCACCAGCGCAUCCACACCGGUGAGAAGCCGUACGUGUGCGAGCGCUGCGCCAAGCGCUUCACCCGCCGCUCAGACCUGGUCACACACCAGGGCACUCACACGGGCGCCAAGCCGCACAAGUGCCCCGUCUGCGGCAAGUGCUUCACACAGAGCUCCGCCCUGGUCACGCACCAGCGCACCCACACCGGCGUCAAGCCCUACGCGUGCCCGGAGUGCGGCAAGUGCUUCAGCCAGCGCUCCAACCUCAUCGCGCACAAUCGCACGCACACGGGCGAGAAACCCUACCACUGCCUCGACUGCGGCAAGAGCUUCAGCCACAGCUCACACCUCACCGCCCACCAGCGCACCCACCGCGGUGUGCGGCCCUACUCCUGCCCGCUCUGCGGCAAGAGCUUCAGCCGCCGCUCCAACCUGCACCGGCACGAGAAGAUCCACACCACCGGGCCCAAGGCCUUGGCCAUGCUCAUGCUGGGGGCGGCAGCGGCAGCGGGGGCGCUCACCGCACCCCCACCUGCUCCCACUUAGAAGCCACAGAGAGACAGAGAGCAGUGAGAGCACCCAGGGUAGCUGGGACAGUCCCCGCUGAUGCUAGAGCCCUGGGAAGAAGACACUGGGUCCUAGCCAGUGGGAUGGACCGGGAUGAGGGCGGGGAGCUGUAAGGGUCCAGCGCUGGCACCAGGUGGGACAUGGUGGCGUGGGAGGAGAGGGCAAGCACUCUAGCUGCAGAUUAAAGGCCUUGGAUUUCAA